AACAGACGGACUCCGCCCUAGAAAGUGGGGCGAGGCCCCGCGGGGUCCCCAAGGAGGAGGCGGCCUGGCUGGUGGCAUCCAUUUCUCUCCCCGGGCCGGCCUCUCCGGUAUCUCCCUAUUCCAUUAUUUAAACUUUCUGGAAUCAAAAAAAUUUUUCCACUGAGAUGGUAUGAUAAGAGCUUUUGGUGAUUUUAGGCCAUAUCUAAAUUGGGCUGAUGCAGAACAUACUGUUUUAAGAGCUUGGGACAGCAUCCACACUCUGCUUCUCAAUCAUCGGAGGUAUAAUGCCAUCCUUGCCUCACGAAGGAGACAUUCAAGGGCCCUCUCACCUAGGUCUGGACACGGAAUUGUCUUAUGAAAGCAAAAUUAAAAGGAAGGUCAGAAAGAAGAAGAAGAAUGGCUCUAUUACAGCAAAUGUUUCUGGCACAAAAUUUGAAAUCGUUCGUGUAGUAAUAGAUGAGCUGGGAUUUGUGAAAACUCGAGAUGAAGAUGACACAAGUAAUCUUAUAUGGUGUGAUGCUGCUGUUCAGCAGGAAAAGAUUGCAGAACUACAAAAUUAUCAGAGAAUCAACCAUUUUCCAGGAAUGGGUGAGAUCUGCAGAAAGGAUUUCUUAGCAAGAAAUAUGACCAAAAUGAUCAAGUGUAAUCCUCAGGAAUAUACUUUUAUUCCCCGAACAUGGAUCUUCCCAUCGGAAUAUACUCAGUUCCAGAAUUAUGUAAAAGAAUUGAAGAAAAAACGGAAACAAAAAACAUUUAUUGUUAAACCAGCAAAUGGCGCAAUGGGUCAUGGGAUCUCUUUGGUAAGAAAUGCUGAAAAGCUGCUUGCUCAGGACCACUUAAUUGUCCAGGAAUACAUUGAUAAGCCUUUUCUUAUGGAAGGCUACAAGUUUGAUUUACGAAUUUAUAUUCUGAUAACAUCCUGUGAUCCAUUAAAAAUAUUUUUAUAUCAUGAUGGGCUUGUGAGAAUGGGGACAGAGAAGUAUAGUCCACCUAAUGACACAAAUUUGAGCCAGCUCUAUAUGCAUCUGACAAACUACUCUGUGAACAAACAUAAUGAGCGCUUUGAACGGGAUGAAACUGAAGAUAAAGGCAGCAAACGGUCUAUCAAAUGGUUUACCGAAUUCCUACAAACAAAUAAACAUGAUGUUGCUAAGUUUUGGAGUGAUAUUUCAGAAUUGGUGGUAAAAACUCUGAUUGUAGCAGAACCACAUGUCUUGCAUGCAUAUCGCAUGUGUAGACCUGGACAACCCCCAGGAAGUGAAAGUGUCUGCUUUGAAGUCCUGGGAUUUGAUAUUUUGUUGGACAGAAAACUGAAGCCGUGGCUUCUGGAGAUUAAUCGAGCCCCCAGCUUUGGAACUGAUCAGAAAAUAGAUUAUGAUGUAAAAAAAGGAGUGUUGCUUAAUGCCCUGAAGCUACUCAACAUCAGGACAAGUGACAAGAGGAGAAACUUGGCUAAACAAAAAGCGGAAGCGCAGAAGCGACUCUAUGGUCAGGGUUCAAUGAAAAGGCUCUCGCCAGGCUCUUCAGACUGGGAAAAACAGCGACACCGACUUGAGCGGAGGAAGGAGGAGUUGAAAGAGAGACUUGCCCAGGUUCGUAGGCAGGUAUCCAAAGAAGAACAUGAAAAUCGGCACAUGGGGAACUACAGGCGAAUUUAUCCUCCUGAAGACAAAUCAUUACUUGAAAAAUAUGAGCAAUUAUUGGCCACUGCCUUUCAGACAUUUCUUUCGGGAAGAGCAUCUUUAUUUCAGCGAGAAUUGAAUAAUCCUUUAAAAAGAAUGAAGGAAGAAGAUAUUUUGGACCUUCUGGAGCAAUGUGAAAUAGAUGAUGAGAAGUUAAUGGGGAAAGCUGUCAGGCCUCGAGGACCCAAGCCUCUGCAUUCCAUGCCUGAAAGUUCACAAAUUCUAAAAAAGCAAAAGAACUACAGUAGUGAAAGCAGUUAUGAAAGCACUGAGGAGUCUUCCGGAUCCGAUGAAACUGAGCAAGAAUUCCCAAAUAGACUCAGCCAAAAGAAAGCCCCUUAUGAACUUGAUGCCCGCAAAUGGAAAUUUACUGCACAGUCUGGCUCCAUCAGACGCUCACUCAGCUGUCCUCGCUCCAUCUCAGCAAAUACACCCAUGAUUGAUCACCGCCCUGUUUCUGCCAGACAAACGGUCCCAGUUUCACGUCCAGCAUGUGGGGUCAGAUCUCAGUCUCUGAACCGUUCUUCUUCUACCUUGAGGAAUUUACCCCAACCUAAUAGCAUGGAUGCUCAUGAAACUCCAGUGGCUGAUCCUUUCCAGCACCUGAGAACGAAAGAACAAGAGGAAGAAUUUACAAGACAGACCUUGUUUAUUCUUCGAGACAUGAAGAUCAGAUUCCCGGGGAAAACAGAUGAAGAAUCAGAACGGAUCAUCGAGGAUAUCAUGGAUAACUGGAAGUAUCAUAAACCCAAAGUGGCUUCAUACUGGCUUAUAAAACUGGAUUCUGUAAAACAGCGGAAGGUUUUGGACAUUGUGAAAACAAGCAUUCGCUCUGUUCUCCCACGUAUCUGGAAGAUACCUGACAUGGAAGGUUUACAUUUGUUUCGAAUUUUUAACCGGGUAUUUAACAGACUGCUAUGGAGCCAUGGCCAAGGCUUGUGGAAUUGCUUCUGUAAUUCAGGCAGCUCGUGGGAGACAAUUUUCAGCAAAAGCACAGAAAUGAUUACUCCCCAACAGCUCCAGUGCUGCCAGCAAGUGGUACAGCUUUGUAAACACUGCCUCCUAGUGGUGUACAAGUAUGCAAGCGAUUCCAGAACAUCUGUAUCCUCCGUGUGCCCCGACUGGGAAAAUACCAGAAGGAACAAGAAAGUAUAUUCCAAUUCGAGGAUACUUCCAGGAACUUCCAGCCAUCCAGGAACUCUUCAUCUUCCAAUCCCAAGUGGGCCUCUUCAUCCUAUCCAGUAGAGAACCUACUUCCUGAACCUCAUGAGACUCCUGAGACUUCUUCUUCAAACUAUCAACUAUUCAAACUUUAAUUCAUUUUGAAAUGAACUACUGAUUGGGACAUUGUCUUUGGCUUUCAUUAUGGAGCAGUUACCUAUAUCAGCUAUGAAAUCUUCUUUUAGAAGUGAACAUUGGGAAAAGCCAUACUUUUUUUGUUUAAAAAAUAUUAUAUAAUUGAUAGAGUUGGUAGGAGAACUUGUUCAGCAUAUUGCCAUCAGAAAUGUUUUCAGGCUGGUAUGAAUAUAAAUAAAAGAGAUCAGGAACACUACUGAAUAUUUUAGCUGAACCCAAUCUUAAAAGCUACUACUUCAUUACGAGUAUUAUUACAUUACAAGACCUGUUAGUAGAAAUUGGACAACUGACUCUAGCAAUGCAGAGUCAAAUAGACCUUUUAAGAAAUUGGUCGUAAGAACUUUGGGACAAUUGACAACAUAUGAAUAUUGACACAAUAUGAAAUGACAAUUUCUUAGUUUAUUUAAUUGAUCAACAAGGAAUUAACUUCCUUGAGGAUCAAAUGGGGGGAAUUGGAAGAAACAAUCCUUAAUUAAGUUCAUGUUGAUCAACCUGUUGAUUUAGUUUGUAAGGCCUAAUUCAGAUAGCUUUUAGAUUAAGAUAUAGUUGCAGAUGUAUAUAAUAUAAAUUUAUGUACAUAUAUAUAUGUUUAUAUAUAUAUAUAUAAUCAUUGUAGUAACAGAUUACUCAUUUCUUUAGAGCUGAAUUCCUGAACAGCUGAAGUGUGAUCUUACAAAGAAGAGCUGAGGUGGAUAGUUUAUUUUGUAGUAAUCUUUUAACCACACUUACUACAGGUGCCUCACCUUUCAUCUAGCUCAGUAAUCCCAUGAUAUCAAUUGUAACUGAUGUAAUAUUAUAGCCAAUUAGAUAGACAGAUUGGCGAUCUACAUUCCUCCUACACAUUCAAUAGUUCAAUAUUGUAAAUCAACUUACUUUCCCUGUUCUUAUUGUAUUUCUCUCUUUCUGUAAAUAAUUCCAUUCUUAGUCAACCCCAACCAAUCAGAAAUUUAUCAAAAUAAGUUUCUCAAGAUUCUGUAAUUUUUCUGUUUCUCUUUUAUGACUAUAAAAGUAACUUCUGUAAACUCAGAAUUUGUCUUUGGUACUUGAUGGACCAUUGACCUAUUUAUUGGUAAAUGCUAGCAUUGCAAAUAAAUUGAUUUUUGCUCAGAA